AUGGCAACGGCGAAUGUGCGCUGGCAGAUUUCCGAGGGCGACUCACUUGCGCAAACAGACUGCCAGAUACAGGCUCACGUAACUCCUCCUCUCACCUUGAUGGCGACCCCCUCCACCUGCUUCCUCGUUUUAACUACAUUUCUUAUCGUCCCCACACCGCCUCCUGUUCAAUGCUCUGAUGUGCUUGAGAGGACGGUAAGCAGAUGGGCUCAACAGCUUUACCAGUCGAUCGUUCCGCUUCGGGAAGUGAUGGCAACGGAGUACUUGAGUAGAAUGUACAAUGGGAGCACCUUUGGUGUGCAGGAGAUGACAGACAUCUACGCUCGCAAACUGAUCGACGAUGCUAUUGCGGGACUCUCCCAAAUGAUCCGCACGAAGGAGAAGGCUCUCGAGAAACUUCGUGACAGCAUUGAAGAGGAGUAUAGGGAACAGAAGCCGCUGGAAUACGAUGAGUGCUACAUCCGUGCCAAGUCCGUCAGCCUAUUCCCUCAUCCUGUGGACGAGAACGGAACCAACAUUGUCCCCUGCAAUGAGUCUCAGUAUCUGCCUUUGGAAGCUGAUCCCCUUUUUGGGAAUACCUACCUUUUUACUCUUGCCUCAUCCUUCACUUCUUUUGCACUCGAGCUGCACUUUUUCCUCGAUGCUACCGUAGGUGCAGUGUGGGAGGUUCAGCUUGCUGACUUAAGAUUGGACUUCUUCGACUGUCGUUCCACCGCUUGGUACGUAGGAGCAGCUUCGUACCCAAUAGAAAUGAUCAUCCUCGCGGACAAAAGUGGCAGCAUGAAGGGACGUAGAAAUACAAUUUGUAAUGCUACCAUCUCUGAGCUGCUGAAUACUCUUACCGAUGAUGACUUCUUCAAUGUGAUUUAUUUCUCGGAAUCCAUAAAGUACGCGGAGGAGUACGUGAAAGAUCGUCUCAUUCAAGCUACAAGACCGAACAAGGAUCGUAUAGUGCGUGGAUUCGGCGACCACAUGCCCAACGGGACAUCGAACUUCAGGGCCGCUCUGCUGGAGGCCUUUACGCUGCUGAACAUCUCCAACAACGGUACUGGAAUAAAUCGCUGCAACAAAAUGAUCAUCCUCAUAACCGACGGUGUGCCCGAUGACUUUGAUGAUUUGUUUGAACAAUACAACCCCAAAGUGAGUAUCGCCUUUUCCUCUUCAUUCCCUCAUUUUGUCCCUAUUUAUUUGGACUUCCAAGUGGUCGUUAAAGGAGCAGCAAAACCUCUCCCCAAAGAGUUAACAAGCCCCUUCGACAAUGUUCAACCUACUUGGCUUUCAUCCUCAUUUCCCACUUUAUCUACACGACAGAAAAACAUCCGUGUUUUCACAUUCCUUCUUGGUCAACAUUCAGCGGACGAGAGCAUUGUCCGGAGAAUUGCUUGCAACAAUCGCGGUAAAACCUACAGCCUAACAUUUCCUAUUGUAGGCAUGGAUGCCAACAUAGCAAACCUGGCCGACGUGAAGGAGAAUGUGCUGAAACUCACACCAGAGAAUUUCACUUCUCCCACUGAACCAACAUUGAAUGCAACUGCUGUGGAUAACACUACGGUGGUGGAGGAGGUGAUGCAAGGAGACGAUCCGGGCCCCAACAAUGUGCUAUUGCCACCACUGAAACCCUUCAAAGCAGCGGAUUCGCAAUUCUUCGUCACACUGUCUCGAGCCGCCUACGACAAAACUAAUGCCAGCGUUGAAAACAAUCACGGCAUUCUUCUCGGAGUCACUGGACUCGACAUUCCGAUGGAUGACAUUCAAAAUACUCUAAGAAGCUGGAAGACAGGACCUCUAUCAUACUUCUUCGGCGUGACGAACAACGGAUUUGUAUUGUUUCAUCCCAACUACCGACCAAUGCAUGGUACACAGUUAAAACGAUACUACCGCAAUGUGGACAUAGAUGAGGUUGAGCAACCGCUUGGAUUUGCGCUGGAUCCAUUGAGAAAAUCUCUGAUCGAUCGACUGUGCACAUCCGUUGUUGUGACGACCAUGAUAACGGCGGAGGACUUUCUCUCGGGUCUACCUAUGACGAAGAAGGUCUUCACAUCACCUCUUCCGGACACUCCCUUCGCCUUUGGCCUGGCUGUGCGGUGGGUGGCGGAGGCCAACCGUGGAUUUCCUAUUCCAAAAUAUGAUACUCAAAAAUUUUGGCGUCAAGGCAUGGUUCGUGCCGCAGAUACAAUAGUACUGGAUCCGCGGUUUAUGAAUCCAUCCCAGUCUUGUGAACUCGAUGAAACUCGACCUUUUGGAGCAAUGCUGGCCCCGCUGAGCUUUUGCAAAUUUCGAAGAGAGCCUCUGCGCCUAUUCAUGGACCAUCCUCUCUGCGUCUUGAGAAAUGUUGUCCUUGACAACAAACUGAGAAGUGAAAAUGAGUGCGAUAUGGACCACAUAGGUAGGAUCGUCAUGGAUGCAAAAGCAACCGCAAGCAUUUAUGAUUACUGGCGAGGAAAAGUUGACAAUUCAACCAUUCGAAGGUGGGUUGAGCAUGAGUCCAAGCCAUGCUUUCAUCACAUUUAUUCCAGGUUUGACAUACAAAGAGCCUUCAGCGUGCAUCAUUCGGGCCUCCUGCGUUACUUCAAUUUCUCUGAGUCGCCCUACGGGGAAUUCUUAGAAGAAAUUAACAAAGGAACAGAGAGUUCCUUCUACAAAUCCACCGUUCUCCUGUCAACCUUUUACGAAAACAUGAAAAUGAUGGUGUUUAGACCACCUCCAAAGCAAGUAUUCAGGAGUUUUUUGGAGAAGAACACCUCCGUCCCAAUGAUCAUUUCAAGCGUUAUCAGUAGUCCAGCCUCCGAGGCCGUUGCUAUGGGGAUAGCUGGAUUGGAAUUAAGCUACCGAAAAUUUAGUGACAUCUUUUUAACACUCGUAAGCAGUUGCGACUCUACCGAUUGUCCGAGAUGCGACGAGCCGGGUGUACAGUGCUUCCUCACAACCACUGCAGGGCAAAUUAUCCUUUCUACAGCCGGAGAAAAGGCGGUGAGUCGAAACAUAAAGGAAUUGGAUUGCGCUUUGAUGGAAGCUCUUGUCGCAGCAAAUAUUAUGACCGAGCGUGAAGUUUACGACUUUCAGGCCAUUUGUAUCGAGGUUGUUACACCGGAUCUAAACUACGCAUCUCGAUUGUUCUCCGUAACCCAUCGCAUUUAUCCUCAAAUGCCUCGGACACGCUCUCAAGAAGCUCUUUGUGUAAGUGCGAAGCAGAGGGCCCAGAUGGCUAUCGCUAGCUGGUGGCUUAUGGGAUCGAGGAUGGCGGCUCAAGGAGUAUGGGACACAAUGCCUCCUAUUCAAGGCGAGUUUGUUCACAUCAGUGAUCCCAUUUCUCCACCUGAUACCUCGCCGUUCAACUUUCGGGAUGGUGAUGACCACUUCGGCUACUCACAACGCGGCUCUGUCGAUUUCUCUCUCCCUGGCCGCACAAACAGCCUCGAUGAUCCAUUCUAUCGUGACUACGAGGUGCUGAAGCCCUUCGAGCCUCAACAGACCUCCACACUCACGGAAUCUUCUACUGAAUCACUUCCAGACAUGGAGGUCUCAGUCGCCCCCACCAAAGAUGAGACCAUUCCAACUUCGGAUCUUCCCCUUUUUUACGAGACUGCACAUUUUUACGCCCAAAAGAACUACUUCUUUGAAGAUCCUGAAGACCCUUGGUUGAUGCAACAGCAGGCCUUCUCAGAGUUGAACAUGUGCUACGCCAAUGAACCCACUCUAACUCCACAGCCCUCAUCACCGUCAUCUCGCCUUUUCAAUGUCUCUGUAAAUGAGACAUUAGAACUCAUUGACCUCACCCAAGCAGUGACUACCAGGGAGCCCUUACACAUCUUGUCAGGCAAUGUGACUCUGAUAAACGAGACGGCGCAAACGAAUGACACGAAGACAACGGCAGUCCCUCCACGGAAAGUGAACACAAUCCCGGGCACGUUGCUACGAUGUGUGCAGCGAAUUGUACAAAUGCGGUGCCAUGCCGCAGUGCACAGCAACAAUCAGAUCGGACGUCAUGCCUGUGAAGUGAUGUGCGAUGCAGUGCGGCAGCGGAUGCCACAGUUGACUGAAUUUCUACACGACUGCCGUCAGCCGUUGGAUGCGUGCACCCAACGUCACAGCAUAUUUUACCUUAACAAGGAAGCACAUGCUGGAAGGGGGCAGCGGACAUCUUAUGGCUAUGGCGGUGGUGGCAGUGAUAGAGGAAUUGGUGCACUACCUAAACUUCAUUCUGGUAUUUACUGCCGGACCUGUGGGACGGCGAUGAAGAUUCGAUUAUUGUCUCGAAAUCCUGCCGACUAUUUACGAGAAACAGCAGAUGACAUAUUUAAAAUGCCUCGUAACUACUCUGCUACGGAACAUCCUUUUGCUGCCGAAAGGGAAUAUGUUAGGGCUUUAAAUUCAGCCAAACUAUCUCGAAUGAUGGCGAAACCUUUUCUUGGCUGUCUUGAGGGCACUACUGAUACAAUGACUGUCAUGUCACUAAACACAGAGACAGUCGGCUUAGCUGUUUUUGGUACAGCGGAUGGAAAAAUUCAAUAUUGGGAAAUCGGGAAUCGAAAGCUUGUACAUGAGGCUCCAGCCCACGCUGGUGAAGUACGAGGUGUCUGUCAAUAUCAUAAAUCUCAAUUAAUGUAUUCAUGUGGUUUGGAUUGUCAGUUGAAACAGUGGCGUAUGGACCACAGUAAUAUUGGAUCGGCUUGGUCAGAACCGCUUAAUACGGUGCUUCUUGAUUGUACACCACUUUGUCUCGACCACCACCCUUCGAUGGAUGCGUUUCUCGUUGGUACGCCCGAAUCUUGUCUUCUUUAUCACUCCACGCGUUUGGAUGUUCCCGUUCGUGAGUGGACUUGGGGUCGGGAGGCCAUACAUCAGGCUACCUUUAACCCAGUAGAGCACAAUCUCGUUGGAAUUUUGACUAAGGAUAACUCUAUUAUUCUGGCUGACACACGGGAGGAUAGUCCCUUGCGGAAGCUGAAAAUGAACCUCAAAUUGAACUCAUUUUCAUGGAAUCCAAUGGAACCAUACGUAUUUACUGCUGCCUGUGAGGACUACAAUCUCUACACAUACGAUUGCCGCUUCUUCAGGCAUCCAAAAAGGGUAUUUAUUGGUCACACCAAUGCUGUCAUGGCUGUGGAUUACUCCCCUUCUGGCAGAGAAUUCGUUUCGGGCUGUUACGAUGGGACUGCAAGUUAUCAUUGCAUUCUGACCAAGCUCUACAUUUCCAUGCGAAUUGUGCUGAGUUCUAUACGCCUGUGGAGUGUUGAGCAGACCUCUUCAGUAGACGUCUACCACACGCGACGCAUGAAGCGUGUGUUGACAGUUAAGUUCACUCUCGACGGUCGCUUUAUUCUCUCUUCCUCUACGGAUCAGAACGUGCGCUUGUGGAAGGCGCAUGCAUCGGAGAAAUUAGGCCCCAUGAAACCGCGAGAACGGGAGUCCCUGGCCACGGCAGAGGCACUGAGAGAGAAAUAUAAAGAGCACCCGGAGGUGCGUCGAAUCCUUCGCAACCGCCAUGUGCCUAAAUCCAUCUAUGCAGCAACAAAGGAGCAUCGCAUCAUUCGCGCUAAGGAGAAGAGGAAGCUGCGCAACGUGCGCAUCUUCAACCGCUCCAAUGUGCCUGUGGUGCCAGAAAAGGAGAAGCACACUGCUUCGCUGUACAAAUAG